GCCGGAAGAUAACAUUUUUAUCAGUGUUCUCAUCUUUUAUUCGACUAAGUUGCCCACCCUCAUUUUUAUUUCUUGAAUCAGAUCAGUCCAUUGUGUGCAAUUUGCGUGUUUUUGUAAUUUUGAGAAUGUGUGGCCUUUAUGUGUUAUCACUCCGUGUAGUUAGUUGGUAGCGUUAUUGUCUUUGAUGGAGAUUGAAUGGUUUAUAGGAGAGAGCGAGAUUCAAUUAUUUUUGCAACUGAUUUCACCUACACACACGAAAUUGCCACAAACACCGAAUCACACACCGUGUAUAUAAGCAACAAUCUUGUGAUAAAUUUGAUGUCUUGUGUAGUUUAUCACGUGCACUAGCGGAAAAAAGGAAGCACCAUGGAUGGCCUCAAGACUCCUUUCAGGGGAGUCAAGAAGGAUUUCAAAGGCCGGUUAGCAUGCUACAAGGAGGACUGGCUGGAUUCAUGUGGCUCGGGUGCAAGGAUUCUUGCUCCAACAGCCUACAUUUUCUUCGCUUCUGUUCUCCCCGUGAUAGCCUUCGGAGAGCAGCUAAGUCGAGAAACAGAUGGAAGCUUGAGCACCCCGGAAACUCUUGCUUCUACAGCUAUCUGUGGAGUCAUUCAUUCAAUUUUCGGUGGCCAGCCAUUAUUGAUCUUAGGGGUUGCAGAACCAACCAUCAUUAUGUACUCCUACCUUUAUAGUUUUGCUAAAAAAACCGUGGGAACGGAGCUGUAUCUAGCCUGGGCCGCGUGGGUCUGCGUCUGGACUUCUUUGAUGCUGUUUCUUCUUGCUAUAUUCAAUGCUUGCACCAUCAUCAAGCGAUUUACAAGAGUAGCAGGGGAACUUUUCGGCAUGUUAAUUACGGUUCUUUUCCUUCAAGAGGCCAUCAAGGGUGUGGUGAGUGAAUUCAGCAUUCCAGCAGGUGAAAAUGCCUCCGAAGAGAAAUUCCAAUUCCAGUGGCUUUACACUAAUGGAUUACUCGGUGUCAUAUUUUCUAUUGGCGUCCUUAUCACUGCCCUCAAGAGCACGCAAGCUAGGUCCUGGCGUUAUGGCUCAGGCAUGUUUAGGAGCCUUAUUGCAGACUACGGAGUUUGCUUGGCAGUUAUAGUAUGGACUGCAUUGUCCUAUAGUAUACCACGCAAGAUCCCUUCAGGAGUCCCAAGGCGACUUUUCUGUCCCGAUCCUUGGGAUCCUGAAUCCUUGUAUCACUGGACAGUGAUUAAGGACAUGGGGAAGGUACCGGCAAUGUACAUUUUUGCUGCGAUAAUACCAGCCUUGAUGAUCGCGGGUUUAUACUUUUUCGAUCACAGUGUAGCUUCACAGUUGGCACAACAAAAGGAAUUCAAUCUGAAAAAGCCAUCUGCUUACCAUUAUGAUAUCAUGUUGCUCGGAGUUAUGACUUUGAUCUGUGGAUUGCUCGGACUGCCUCCUUCGAAUGGUGUUCUUCCGCAGUCACCUAUGCACACACGGAGUCUUGCAGUCCUUAAGAAGCAGUUGAUACGGAAGAAAAUGGUGAAGUCUGCAAAGGAGGGCAUGAAACUGCAAGCGAGCAACUCGGAGAUAUAUGGGCGAAUGCAUGCUGUGUUUGUUGAAAUGGAGGGUGGCGCUCAUUCACAUGCUGCGGACAAUGACCUAGCAAGCCUGAAGGAAGCUGUCAUGAGCCAUGAUGAUACGGACUCAGAUAGCGCAUUCGACCCUGAAAAGUGCAUUGAUCUCUACUUGCCUGUCCGAGUAAACGAGCAGCGGGUCAGCAAUUUGUUGCAGUCCUUACUUGUUGGCCUUGCCAUAUGUGCUACUCCCGUGCUCAAGUUGAUACCUACCUCGGUCUUGUGGGGAUACUUCGCCUACAUGGCCAUUGACAGUCUCCCCGGCAACCAGUUCUGGGAGAGGAUUCUGCUGCUGUUUGUUCCACCAGGCCGUCGCUUCAAAGUCAUCGAAGAUUUCCAUGCCUCGUAUGUGGAGGGGGUCCCGUUCAAAUACAUCUUCAUGUUCACAAUAUUUCAGCUCGCCUACCUCCUGUUGUGCUUCGGAAUCACAUGGAUACCGAUAGCUGGGAUCUUGUUCCCGUUGCCUUUCUUCCUCUUGAUAAGCAUACGAGAGCACAUUCUUCCCAAGGUGUUCCCGUCUCACUAUCUUCGCGAACUAGACGCAGCUGAGUACGAAGAAAUCAUUGGACGCUCAUUCAAGAACCGGAGUCUAUCCAUCAGUCUAUCCCUCAAGGAGAGGGACAUGUCCGACAUCGACACUGAUGGAAGCUCCCCUGAUGUAUCGUCUGCUGAAAUAUUGGAUCAGAUGACGACGCGCAGAGGUGAACUAAAGCACCGGUCGGUCAGCUUCAACGACAGGCAGCUUCAGACUGUGCCAGAAGGUUCGGGUGGGCUGUAAACGCGAGAUCAUCAAUGCUGCUUAUCGUCUGCAUAUACGCGUGGAGGGAAUGGGAGAAACGGCAUUGUAGGAAGAAGUGAUAGGCUCUUCUUUUCUCUGCAGAUAUCAUGAGGUGCAGAGGACCUCCAUUUUAUGUGGCAUUUGGAAAUGGCUGAGUGAAAAAGAAAGGCUGAUGAAGAAAUGAAGCGAAGGGGUUGGAAGAGGAAGUGUUUAUAGAGAAGCUACUAUAUAUAUGGUGCAGCUAGAUGAAGAACUAUACACCUACAACACUAAUGAAUUUGUAGUACUAGUAUAUUUGAGUUAGGAACGUAAGUGUAUGGUUUAAUGGAAUUGAUUCAAAUUCUUUCUUAAUUCACUAAUACGUGUGUACAAUAAUUAAAUUUAAUUGAAGUUAUUUUUGUAUUUAAA